AAUGUUGUAACAAAAAAGUCACCUGCCUGAAAAUACAUAAUUGUCUCCUGUGUUCUUUUUGAUGCUGAUGGUCAUGACAAGUUAUAGGACUUGUACUAAACUCUUUUAGUAGAGGUUUAGCUCAUUUUUCUAUUGGAGUAUUCCAAAAGCACCUAUUUCAUAAGGUCGUAGUGAGAACUAACACAGUGGAGAACACUUAGAACAAUGCCUGGAAUGAACAAUCAACCAGCGAAUGUGAGCUCUGACUGUUGACAGAGGAUUUCCUCACAGAGCUGCCAGCAGGUGUGCGGUCAUGUAGGUGUCAACUUAGAGGAGUAGAACCUAAAUGCGAGUGCCUGCCUGGUAUAUUAUUCACACCAAUGUUGACAUGGGCAGAGGAAGGGCAGGGAAAUUCAGGGGCAGGCAGGGGGACUUUUGAAACUGAGCCUUAGCAAUAUUUGCAUCUGUUCUGAGAAGAAGAAACUCUUUACCCUCAGGAGUUGGCCCAUGUCCUCUACUCUGUCCUCUACACUUGGGGGCAGCUGGAGGGGCAAACGUCAUGCAGGACCUUGCAGAGCCAACGAACAGGAAUAGACCUUGAAGUCUUGGGACCCAUCUUGUCCACAGGAGAGAUGAAUGGAGAUGACAUGGUUCCAGAACCUCCAGUGCUGACUGAUAAGAGAGCCAUCACCCUGGCUAUCAUUUCAUUUCAUUUUAUUUUUUUGUUCCUGGGGACAGCAGUGAGCAACGGCUUCUUCAUCACUGUAACACUGAGCAUGGAGUGGUUGCUACAGAGAACACUGUUACCUUGUGAUAAAUUAUUAGUCAGCCUGGGGGCCUCUUGCCUCUGUCUGCAGUGGGUGGUGAUGAGGAAGAGCAUUUAUAUUUUCCUGUAUCCAAUGGCCUUCCCAUACAACCCUGUACUGCAGUUCCUAGCCUUCCAGUGGGACUUACUGAACACUGCCACCUUAUGGUUCUUCACCUAGCUCAGCGCUUUCUGUUGCGUGAAGACCGCAACCUACACCCUCCCCAUCUUCCUCUGGCUAAAACAGAAGGUGUCUGGCUUGGUUCCAUGGAUGCUGCCUAGUUCCUUGGGACUCUCCAGCUUGAGCACCAUCCUUUUCAUAGGCAACCAGAGCUUAUAUUACUACUUUUUAAGGAGAGGGUUGCAGUCUUGGAACGCCACUGGGAAUACUAUAAGAUCAUAUGAGAAAUCCUACUUCUCUUUAAAACUUGUUGCCUGGACAGCUUCUGACCUCGAAGGGGAUGACUGCUCGUAG